UAUUAUCAAAAUGAAUAAUUUAAUAUUACCCAUUUUGACAUUAAGUAAUUUCCAAAAUGUGCUUUUGUACACCUAUUUAAAGAAAAAGAAUCGAAGAAGGUGGUGGAUAAGAUAUGUUAACCAACAAAGAGCGCAACAAGGAGUAUUCAAUAUGUUCAAAGAAUUAUAUUUUACGGAUGAAGAACAAUUUUUUGAGUAUACUAGAAUGAAUACAACACAAUUUGAUUUUCUGCUUUCCUUGGUUGGACCAAUGCUGCAAAAGCAUAGUUUAAGAAAGCCUCUCUCUGCAAGACUUCGUCUGGCUGUGACUUUAAGCUACCUGGCAUCUGGUGAUAGUCCUAAGUAUUUAUCAAAAUAUUAUAGAAUUGGUGCAUCAACUAUUUAUAAAAUUAUACAGGAGACAUGUGAAUGUAUUUGGAAAACUCUGUCUCCUUUGUGUCUUGCAGCACCUUCAGUUGAAAAGUGGAAUGAAAUAGCUGAACAUUUCUAUACUCGUUGGAAUAUGCCUAACUGUGUCGGUUCUCUUGAUGGAAAACAUGUCCGUAUUCAAUGUCCUCCUCUCAGUGGUUCAGAAAACUUUAACUAUAAAAAAUAUUUUAGUAUUGUGUUAAUGGCAUGUUGUGAUGCCAACUAUUGCUUCACAUGGGUGGAAAUUGGUGAUUAUGGCUCUCUGCCAGAUAGUAGUAUUUUUGCCAAUUCAGGAUUAGGAAAAGCCUUGGAAACAAAUUCUCUAAAUCUUCCUCCAUCUAAAGAAUUACCAAACACAAACGAGAAAAUACCUCAUUUCUUUGUAGGAGAUGAGGCAUUUCCUCUGCGAACUAAUUUAAUGCGUCCUUAUUCAAGAAAAGGCAUUAAAAGCGACAGAGAAAGAAUAUUUAAUUAUAGAUUGUCUCGUGCUCGAAGAAUAAUAGAAAAUGCCUUUGGUAUUCUUUCAUCAAGAUGGAGAGUUUUUCACUCAUGUAUUUGCAUGAAAGAGGAAAAUGUGGAAAAAAUAGUAUUGGCUACAGUAUGUCUUCAUAAUUUUUUAAUGAUGCGAGAGGACCGUGAAGUUGAAAGGAAGAUUUAUUGCCCUACAACUUAUAUUGAUUAUGAAAAUGAUGAUGGAUCAGUAACUCCAGGAAUGUGGCGUAAUGCUUCAAUGGAUUCAAAUCUUAUAGAUAUUGGUCGUUUAGGUUGCAAUAGUGCAACAAGAAAGGCUGUAGCUCAAAGAGAGGCUUUAGCUGAUUGGAUAAUUGGGGAAGGACAAAUACCCUGGCAAUCUCAAAUAAAUUUUUAUGCCCAUCAUGUCAAUUUUCCUCUAUUGCAGUGAUAAAUGAAAAUAUUUUAUU